GCCACUGGAGCCUCAGAGCCCACGAGGCCGCCAAGGGAGAGGAGGCCUGAAGCCCGUGGUGGGCACCAGCCAGCCAUGGCUGCAGCUGAGACCGCCCUGCCUUCCAUCAGCACGCUGACCGCCCUGGGCCCCUUCCCGGACACACAGGAGGACUUCCUCAAGUGGUGGCGCUCUGAGGAGGUGCAGGACUUGGGCCCAGGGCCCCCCGACCCCACCGGGCCGCCCCUCCACGUGAGGCCAGAGUCGGAGGACAUGCGCGGAGAGGACGAAGACGACGAGAGGGACGCGGCCACCGCCUGGGACCUGGAUCUCCUCCUCAACAACUUCCCGUGCGCAGAGCCCCAAACGUGCGCUCCAGCACCGGGGGAAACCCUCGGGGCGCAAUUCCCGCCGCCGCCGCCGCCGGAGACUCUGGGGGCGUACGCAAGUGGCCUGGGGCUGGUGGCUGGGCUCUUGGGUCCCGAGGAGCACCCGGGCUGGGCACGCCCGGCCCCGAGAGCCCCGGCCCCCGACGCCUUCAUGGGCCCAGCCCUGGUCCCGGCCCCCGAACCCAAGGGGCUGCCGCUGCAGCCGGUGUACCCGGGGCCGGGGGUGGGCUCCUCCGGCAGCUACUUCCCGCGGACCGAGCUUCCAGUGCCGACCGCGCCGGGGGCCCCGUACGGGCUGCUGCCCGGGUACCCCGCGCUGUACCCGGCGCCCCAGUACCAAGGGCACUUCCAGCUCUUCCGCGGGCUCCCGGCGCCCGCGCCCGGCCCCGCCGCGCCCCCCUCCUUCCUGAGUUGUCUGGGACCCGGGACGGCGGGUGCGGGACUCGGGGGGACCGCUGGAAACCCGAGAAGCACCCCGGAGGCGGUGCCAUCCAAGCGCAGCCGGCGCUCGUGGGCGCGCAAGAGGCAGGCGGCGCACACGUGCACGUACCCGGGCUGCGGCAAGAGCUACACCAAGAGCUCGCACCUGAAGGCGCAUCUGCGCACGCACACCGGGGAGAAGCCAUACGCCUGCACGUGGGACGGCUGCGGGUGGAGGUUCGCGCGCUCUGACGAGCUGACCCGCCACUACCGGAAGCACACCGGACAGCGCCCCUUCCGCUGCCAGCUCUGCCCCCGAGCUUUUUCGCGCUCCGAUCAUCUGGCCUUGCACAUGAAGCGUCACCUUUGAGCCUGGCACUUGGACUUUCCCGGGGACUGAGGAUGGAACAAGAGUGGAUCCACGCAGGGGGUUUUUCCCUGUGCUGGACCCUCGCCCAGACUCGCAGCCCCACAGAUCCACUGAAAUCAAGGCUGGCCCCCAGACAGACCUAGGGGAGCCUCCAACAGAAGUUCCCACACAUUUCCUCAGCCACAGGGAGCCACACGGAGACGUCCGAUGGUCACGCAGACCCAGGGAGACAGACCUCCAAGUAAACGGACUCGGAUGGACACUCUGACAUGUUGGACAGAGAGACCCUCAGAGAGCUGGACCCUUAAACCAGCUCACAGGCGGCCUGGGACAGCGGGAGGGCGUGUGGGGUGAGGCUUCCCAGAGACCCUGGGUCUAGGAGGGGGCUUCGCACCGUGACUUCUGAAGCUUGGCACAGUGGCUGGCAUCUGCUGCGAAUGGUUAUAAGGGUCCUGUAAAAAUGCUCCUCCCAGAUGAAAUUUCAGCGUUGGCCUGACUUUGUGGGUUUUGGGUGGUGGAAAUUGGGAGGAAGGUGUACCCCCAGAAGUGAUAUUGGGGAGCCAUACACACCCUCACACCCUCAUCUCCUAAACCUCAGUGACCCCCCUUGGGCAUUGCAAACCUUGCCACCCUCUCCGCCCCCCACCCCCCGCCAAGAUCAGGCUGCAUCGUCCUUGUUUCCUGCCUUGAACCUGUGGGGGAUGAGAAUUGGCCAGCCCAAAAUGUCUCUUUCUGGUUACGGACAAAAGACUCUGAAAGAAACUUUGACCUCCCCCCUAUAACUGCCUAAAAGGAUUUAAGAUGGGAGGCCUGUCCCCGGGACAGCCCGUCACCACAGAUAACUGGGUACCCUAGACUGUGAGCAUCCUCGCUGAGCCCACUCUGAUCAAAGUUCUGUUUACCAAACAUUUGCUUUUCCAUCUCCAUGUGAACUGCCUUCCUCCCCUUUGAAGCCCCAACCCCCGCCGCACACACCCUCCUUUUGUCUUUAGCUGAAGAUGGUAUUUAAGGUGGCAUCUUUGGCCAUUCUGGCGAGUUGCUCUGUUUUCCUGGGUCUCUCCCAUGUAUACACGUUAUAAAGCUUUGUUAGAUUUUCUCCUGUUAUUCUGUCUCAUGUCAAUUUAAUUCUUAGACCAACCAGAAGGCCCUAGAAGGUAGAGGAAUUGUCUUCCUCGCCUACAACCCCAGGGACAU